CGGGCCGGCGCGAGGCUGUCAGUCAGCCGGGCACCGCCGCCGCGCGCCCUGCUUCCCGCCUUUCCCGCCAUUCCCGCCGGGCUCUGAGGGACACACCGCCAGCGGCCAUGAAGAUCUGGAGCUCGGAGCACGUCUUCGGGCAUCCCUGGGAUACGGUGAUCAAAGCUGCUAUGAGAAAGUACCCCAACCCCAUGAAUCCGUGUGUGGUGGGAGUAGAUGUCCUUGACAGGAGCCUGGAUAACCAGGGGAGGCUGCACAGUCACCGUCUUCUCAGCACAGAGUGGGGAUUGCCCAGUAUUGUCAAAGCAAUACUAGGAACAAAUAGAACUCUGACUUACAUAGAGGAACAUUCUGUGGUAGAUCCAGUGGAAAAGAAGAUGGAGCUUUGCUCAACUAAUAUUACGCUCACAAACUUGGUGUCUGUUGACGAGAGACUGGUUUACACACCUCAUCCCGAAAACCCAGAAAAGACUGUACUAACUCAAGAAGCAAUUAUUACUGUUAAAGGCAUUAGCUUGAGCAGUUACCUGGAAAGCUUGAUGGCAAACACAAUAUCUUCUAAUGCCAGAAAGGGUCGGGAUGCCCUGGAAUGGGUGAUCAGCAAACUAAACACAGAACUAGAAGAGCUGAAGUCCACACGUGAGGGGAUCAAACCAGCCAUGGCAGCAGCGUCCACGGAAAAAUCAAGCCAAAUAUUUGGGUUCACCAAAUAAAACCAAGUAACUGACAGAAAAGUCUUAUUCUGCAGACUGCUCUGUAGAGCUCCCUCCCAAGGCUGAUCUGCAGAGAUUUUGUCCAUUUUUAAGAAUACUGGAUCAGUGGAAAAGUAACCUCAUCCAUUAUCACCACAUCAGCUCUUGUUGCUACUGAAGAUUAAACUGACCUCCUGCAGAUGCUCUUUUCAUUUGAACAAUUUACGGUUAACACUGGAAACAAAACAUGUAGCACAUUUAAAAUGGCCUAAAUGUGCCUUUUAAAACAAAGGUAGAGGACAUGUUGUAUUUACACCAUCUCAAACUGAAAAGCUUGAAGAAUAAGCAUGUGUGGAAUUAAGAGUUUUUCACGUGAACCGUUGUUCUGUGAAGGGCUGAUAGAUCCUAGAGCUCUGAAUUUUGUCUGGUUUGUAAUCUGAUAAUGUCUUAUGGCCAGUUAAAGGGAACUACAUGAGUCAGAACAUGAUACUGUAGAAUUUGAUAUUUAUCUAGAGGAUCAUCUUGAAAGGCUUCAUCUUGUGUGGAACUAACUUUUCUUAGGUUGUUUAAAUGUGCUACCUAGACAUGACACACAGAUACUUUACCUCUUAGGUGUUUGUAUCCAAACAAAGAUAAAGUUUCUAUUGAUGUUAAUACCUAAAAUAGUUUUUCUGGUGGGGAGAAGGGUAUAAUUUAUUUUCUUAUUUAUUAAUUUUUCCUAGUUCCUCCCCUCCCUAUGAGGACAGGGGUAGUGUAACUGGAAGGUGCUGGAAAAUACUUAUUUAUCUCUAAGAAGAGUGUUGUAGGCUACUGGAAUGAAGAGACUGUGCUGUUCCACUGGUCCUUGCUCUUCACAUCAUGUCUUAACUGAGGGAGAAAUCAAUGCAAUAACCAGAAGAGUUGAAAUGAGAAAUGAGCAGAAGAUUUUAAAUCCAAAUGAUAGGACUUCACAAAGAGAAAUUUUUCAUUCCCUGAAUGGAGAAAACGAGUACAAGAACCACAAAUGGACUCUCCUUUCUAAAUGUUUUCUGUUAACUCCUGACUACCAGUGUAACUGAACCUUUUCAACACUUUUCCACGUGGGUACGAAAUGGUUUUAAAAUCCUUUGAAAUGCUUCUCAGUAUCUGGAAAAAUAUCUUCAAUAACUGCAGAAACUUUCCUAUUAAGUAUGCAUAAAUAUAUAUUGGUAACGACUUUAGCCUUGUCUGAUGUUUACAGAAUAGUCAUGUUUGAUCCAGAUGGAGUAUAUGUUUCUCAGACAGAAACCUCUGUUGGGGCAUUUUAACUUAUUUUUUGGUGUGCACGCAAAGUGAAAUAAAUGUUGCAAGGAUGUUUACUUGUUCAAGUGGCAGGCAUGUGCUCCAGAAGCUGUUAAAGAGCAUGAGUAGCUUCUAAAAAAAUAGAAGAGUAAAAUGUUGGUCACUGUUUUGAUCUGAUGAUUUUAAAGUGUUUGUGGCUUAAGGGAAUUUUCAGCAUUUGUAUUGUUUAGUUUGAAAGUAAACUUUAAUUUGGGUGUAACUAAGUUACAUUAUCCUAAUGAAUAAACCUUUUAAAAAUAUGUCUAUUAGUUGAAGGCAAUUAAAUGACUAGCAAAUAUUUACACUACUCUUUUUAUGUGGACCUAAAGCCCUUCCUAUUUUGGAACAGAAACUUAGAGCUUAAAGCAGCCUGUGUCUGGAAGAUAAGGUGGAUGGCUUUGGUGCAGGUCAGUUGUGCCCUUCUCAGGACUGAUGCCACUUCCUGGGUGAGGAACACAAAAGAUGCUGUAGUUCCUGGUGUUGUUCUGCUAGGCAGGGCAAUGCAACUAUGGCAGAGCUCUGCACAAAAAGGGGGAAGUUGGUGGUGUGUGUACAUUUGGAAACCUGUGCUCAGCAUUUCCGUACAUGCAUGCUUGAGGGGAUGAAAACAUGACUGUCAGUAGGGGCAGGAAAGCCUUUGGAGAGUUUUAUGUAUUGCUUUGAUUUGGGAGAAGAGUUGUCUAAAGCUGCUUCAUGCAUCAGAAAUGAAAUAUUUACUUAGUGUUGUCUUAUGGCUGGCUGACUUGUGCAUGGCGCUUCCAGUACUGGUUUCCCACAUAAGUCACCACAGGCUCUCUGGAGCCAAACUCCUCUGCCACACUCACAGGUCAGCACCAAUUGCACAUCAGUUUUCUGCAUUACUUUCCUGACACUUUGUUUCCUUCUUGCAGGAACUAAUCGCUGUCUGCUUCUGUUGUAGCAUCUCCUUCCUGUUUCCUUCCUCGCUGAUUUUGGGCUGCUUUCACUCCACCAUUUCCUACCACUUAGGAACUAUGUGGCUAAAUGCCUGGUUUUCCAAUUGGCCACUCCACUUGCCAGACAUCAGCACCUUUCCUACCUGUGCUCAGUCCUCUCCUGCUUUUCUCUAGGCUAAAGGAGUGGAGAAGUUUUGGGUAGGAAAAAGACGAUUUUUUCUGGAGGCCAGUUCCAUUGCUUGGCUCCCUCUGGUCUUAAGGGUAGUUGCCAGUUGUGCAUCCAUGGGAUUAUUGGUCUUCCUGUGGCUGCUCAUUUUGCCAGUGUGUACAAAGGACCUUGCAGUGGGUCACACUGGAACCAGGUAGGCCCCAGAUGAAGUGGUUCUUAACUUCCCCUAAGCUUUCCUGGGCAGUUUUUACCCUGUUUUCUGUCCUUGUUGUUGGCAUGUGGGGCUUCCUUCCUUCUUUUCCCUUGGCCAUGUGACUGGUCAGAUCGAUGGGAUCCCGGGGGAUCUCUAGCUGUCUGUGCUGUGCAUAACACUGUUUUUGAAGCAUCCCAGUUCCCUUUCCUGUUAUUAGACUGUUUUAGACUGGGUUGGCCCUUGAGGCAAAAAAAUGCUGUCUUUGGAAUUGUUUGUUUUUGUUGCUCUCUAAAGAAGUUCCUCCAUCUUUUCUUUCUUUACUGGAAAUGUCUAAAAAAUAUUUAUGAAGUUGGUUUUAUGUCACAUGCAUUGACUGAGGUAUCUCAAAGACAGAAAGUUGCAUGUGAGGGAAAGUGUUAGGUUGCUUGUGGGAGCAGCAGAGUGCAGCUUUUUAGAUUGGAGCAGGAGGAGGAAAAGGAUAUGUAGGAGGAAAAAAAAUGUGUAAAGCAGAAAUGGUGUAAAGUCAGCGCUGAUUUACUUAGAGGCAUCUUGAAUUGCUGGGGACCAAGCAGAAGAAAGCUCAGUGCUUUAACCAUGUUGAUUAAUAGGUAGCAAGUGCCAUCUUGAAUAAGAAUUCUGCAUUUUGAGAGUUGAAAGUGGAAGUAAGGUUGGGUUUUUUGAGUUGUGAGAGGGAAGUUGCUUGCAGCAGUUGUUCAAGCUGCACUUCAGUGUUUCUCAGCUGCUGGGUUGCAAUUCAAAGGAAACAGAGUGGGGGGUGUGAUGUAAGGAUUGGUUGGAUUUUAAGAAUUUGGUGCCAGCACAUCAGGUCUCCACACUGGAUAGAAGUAUGGCUGCUCUCCCUGUCCUUACUGCUGUGCCACACAUGCCUGUUGUGGAAGGAAGAAGCUGGGAAAAGCUGGUUCCUGACUGCAGGGGAAGCAGAGAGGGAAGACAGCAGCAGUGGUUCCCAGACCAUGCAAAUUGGGCAUGUUGGUUCUUGGCCCUGAAGGAUUUUAAGAUGUUGAAGAUCCCAGACUCAAAGUAGAUUGGCUUCUGGUUGAUGUCUAGUUUUUGUACAGGCUCAUGAUAGCAACAAAAGGUGUUAAUUUAAAACAGUGUAGUCAAAUGGUCUGGAGUGUAAUUAAUUGAGUUUGUUUAGACUAUCCUUUCUUUGUCUAAAUUUGUCCUUGUGCCAGUGUGAUCCCCCAUGCGUCUUAUUUCUUUUUGUCCAUCAGGUCAGCAGGCACAAUGGAGGAAGGAUUAUAUUUGUUGGGACAACAGGCAAUCCUAGUGAAAGCUCCCAUAUUCUUGAAAGUGUUGCCUAAAGUAAGCAAAGGCAUUGAGCUGCAGCAGGUGGUGUCAGGAACUGCUGCAGAGCACAAACUGGGCACUCAUGUACUGACAGUGUAAUAACCUAGCACUGAGUAAAUCACCAGCCAUGUUCCUUGAUGAGAUAGUUUUCAUUCAAAUCCUCAGGUGGAGCAGUGGUGGGGAGGCAACACCAUUCCUACUGUUGCACCUCCCUAGGCUGAGAGCCAUGAAAGCCAGGGCUGUAAGGCUGUAGUGUCUAUGUACCCUGUGGUGCUAUCCAAAAUAAAUAAAAAUAAAUAAAUGCCAUGUGCAGUUUAAAAAACA